GCUCGCGAGUACAGACCUGACGUGUGCUGACGUCACAUGAACACUCUCCGACCUGCCUUUAGCUUAGCUUGUCUUAACUUUUCCUUUAUUCAUCCGGAUUUGAUUUUGAUCGCAUUUGAUCCGGUUGUGAUUAAGAGACAGGCUGAUAAUAAAGCGGGACAGACGCGUGCGAACGCUGACUGUUCACGUGAAAUAUUUCCUGAGCGGGGUUUUUAACGGUUCGCGUUGAAUUUCAUGCGUUAGCUCGAGCUGAUCUUCAGUCAGAAGUGCAAUCAUGGGUUCCAGAGCUUCGUCUUUACUCAGAGAAGAGGACAUUGAAGAAAUCAAGAAAGAAACGGGAUUUUCUCACAGUCAAAUCACUCGACUCUACAGUCGCUUUCACAGUCUGGAUAAAGGAGAGAACGGCGCGCUCAGCCGAGAAGACUUCCAGAGGAUUCCCGAGUUGGCCAUAAAUCCUCUUGGUGAUCGGAUAAUUAAUGCCUUCUUCCCCGAAGGUGAGGAUCAGGUGAAUUUCCGGGGUUUCAUGCGGACCCUUGCUCAUUUCCGUCCCGUGGAGGACAACGAGAAGAACAAAGAUCCGACUACAGGCGAGCCGCUCAACAGCAGGAUGAACAAACUACUCUUUGCUUUCCGUUUAUAUGACCUGGACAGAGAUGAUAAGAUCUCCAGAGAUGAGCUGCUACAGGUGCUGAGAAUGAUGGUGGGAGUAAAUAUUUCUGAUGAGCAGUUGGGCAGCAUCGCAGACAGGACUAUCCAGGAAGCUGAUACUAAUGGAGACAUGAAUAUCUCCUUUAGUGAAUUCACUAAGGUGUUGGAAAAAGUUGAUGUCGAACAGAAGAUGAGUAUCCGCUUCCUGCAUUAAAGAUCAAACGUGUUCUACUCUCUGAUUGGACAAUAUCUGUGUCUGUAUAAAUAAGACACACCCCCUGACUCUGCUCUCUGUGGACUGAUUUGUCCUCUUUGCUCUCAGUCAAUGUUAAUCAUAGUGUUAAACUAGAUCACUGUUAUGGUUAUGUUUUAUUCUCUCUUGCACAUUUGCUGUGGGGCUAUCCUGGUCCCCUCACUUUUAAAAAAGUCACAAUGCAUACGUUUCUCUUGUAUAUUCAAAUUUUAUUUAUUCCAUAUUUAAUGCCCCCUUUACUUUCAAGAGGGGCGUAGCUGUCAUUUAUAUUGGCUCACCCUUGUUGUGACUCUUGAUGUCAUGAUUUUUUUCAACCUUAAUCAACAUCCUAAAGGCCAAAUUUGAUGCUUAUGUAAUAAAGAAAUGUGUUUUUGAACAUUUUCGUGAGGAAUGGAUGUAUGAAACUCCGGCAUACCUCACACUUCAUUCUUCUUCUGUAGCAGGGAUGGGUAUCGGUUUCUUCUUGUCAUAAAUAGAUAUUUAGUCAGACGUUGAAAUGGCUAAACUGCCUUUAAGUUAAUCAAUAUUAGCGUUGUUUGUCUUUAAACACCUAACUAAUGGAUAACAAGCUCAUAUCUUUUAAGUAUUCACGACAAAGAGUGAUCAUAUUCGCUUAUCGUUCUAAAAUGACAUUUUAGCUGCAAAAUUUCUGUGUCGUUAGCAGCAUUUAAAGGAAAUACUGGAGGCUCAGUGGUUGACCAUGACUAUACGCUGCAAUACGUUUAGGUGGAGUCCCAUUUGAUAGGAAAAGUGUAUGAAAACAGUAAUUUACUUGGUUUAAUUGUAUGUUUACCAAAGUAUUUAAGAAAUGUAACUCCUCCUGCAUGUUUGUGCUACAGACAUGAGUUAUACCUUGAUUUGAGAAGUCUGGACAAAAAUAAUCCUACAUUUAUGGGAAAGACCCAAGUUAAAUCUAGGGACCAAAACAUCAAAGACUUGGGUGGGACUUUUGAGCUGGGCCAGGAACAAACUAUUUGCAUCCGCCUGGCUUUUUUUUUGCAUUGACCACAAACACCACAGAUGAUUUAUUUUUAGUAAAACAUUUUGCAUUCUUAAAUUUGGGCAAUUUAGUUUGAUUCUGCUGUUGGCACAGAAAUUAUUUUUUUUCUCUUGAACUGGUCAGUUUCUUGAAACGAAGCUGUUUGGUGUAAUAUCUCCUGUUUAUUGUUUGAGUUUUUAUGCACCCUUGAGAGAGCCGAAACCGUGUUCCCAUGUCAGUGCCUCACGCUAUCGUGUCCGCACACAGCCUGUGAUUAUUUUAACUGUUGACUGAAUGUUUUAAUAGCGUGACAAGGACAGCUUUUAUUGCUUUUUGUGUUUGCUUUAUACGGGCAAAAUCGCAAUAGUUUCUGUGCCCUCCGUAGAUGUAAGCACUGGAAAUUAUCUGAUCACAUGACGAUGAAAUCUACCUAUCAUUUACAGGUACUUGAAAUAAAUGCAUUGCAGAUUCUUUAUGUACAGAUUUAUUAAAUCAUUUCUUAUAAAGUUUAAGUUGUUGUGCGACAGCAUCAUGGACAAACCAAAUAAAACAUUUCAAUGUAACUUAUUAAGCUUAUUAUACAAUUGAGAUGUGAAGUCUGUGACCUGAUUCAAAUAAAAACAAGUGCCAUAAAA